CACUGCUGCGUCUCUGCUAUCUUCCCCACGGAGCCAACCAGCUUAAGUUUCACACAUUUCAUCCCUCUGUACCUGCAUUCCUCCCAGUUCUACCCUACCCCUCAAAGUCUUCUCUAAUUAGCUCCCUAACCCCAAUAGCUCAAUUUCAGCGCCUACAUUAUCACCUAAUCCUUAAAGGCUCAAGUGUCUGAAAAACCAUGUCAGUGGCUGCCGAGCUGCACUCACCUGAAAAACCCGCUUCAGAAACCCGGAAAAUUUUGGGUCCUGGAGGCAACCGGGUGCGAGUUCUUGAAGAAGAGAAGGGAAAGAAGGAGGGAUUGAAGAAGAAGCAUUCUACUAAUAAUAAUAAUAAUAAUACUGCCGCUGUUGAUGCUAAGAAAUUGGUGUCAGAGAGCCCGAAAGCAGCUGUAUUGAAAAACAGGGUGGGUGACAGCUAUUCGGAGACAUCUUCAUGCAAUGGGUCGGUAAUGAAAAGCGUGAGUUCAAAGAGGAAAGUGAAGAACUCUAGUGGUGUUAUAGCUGCUAAAGUCGUGCCCCAUGGGGGUGAGACUUUGGCAGUGACUCGAGUGGCUCCGGGUCUAGUUAAGCGUUGCGAUUGGAUCACGCCAAAUUCUGAGACAAUUUAUGCUUCUUUCCAUGAUGAAGAGUGGGGAGUUCCAGUAAAGGAUGAAACAAAGCUGUUUGAACUGCUUGUUUUAUCACAGGCAUUGGCUGAACUUACCUGGCCAACAAUUCUUAGCAAGAGAGAUAUAUUCAGGACGAUAUUCAACAACUUUGACCUAUUAUCUGUUGCUAGUAUAGAUGAGAAGAAGUUACUGGCAUUGAGUACAAAUGGCAAUUCAUUACUAUCUGAACAAAAGCUUCGUGCAAUUGUGGAAAAUGCUAAGCUAGUGCUCAAGAUCCAGCAGGAGUUUGGUUCCUUCAGCGACUACUGUUGGCGAUUUGUAAGCCACAAACCAAUAGGAAAUGGCUUCCGAUAUGCACGUCAAGUUCCUGCAAAAACACCAAAAUCAGAACUGAUAAGCAGGGAUUUGAUGCAAAGGGGCUUCCGGUGCGUGGGGCCUACUGUCGUAUAUUCAUUCAUGCAAGUGGCGGGGAUGGUUAAUGACCACCUCGUAUCAUGCUUUAGAUACAAUGAAUGUAACAGUAACUUCAACAAGGAUUUGGAUGCCGAAGCCAAAAGAGACAGACGUGUGAUGCUGGUUGCUUUGGAGACCACAUGCGCAUCAAACAAGUAAUGACCACCUGAAGGUUCAUAUUUUAGGACGCGGACUAAUUCAUUGGUAGUUCCCUAACAAGAAAUGAAACUAGUGCUACUACAAUUAUGAUCCAGGAGACUUUUGAUUCUGGGAGGAAGGUCCUUGAGCUUGUACGUUUGUUACUGAUGUGAUUAGUGAUUGUUCAUAUUCGGACUAAUCAUUUUCAUGUAAAGUUCAGUUCUUUACUGUUGUUGUGCUUUCAUCCUGCUUUCAUGUCUGUGAACUGUGAGGUGACAAGAUUGAUUUCAUACCCCAGCAAAUUA